GAUGUUUUCAUCUCCACGAUGCACUGACGUACCAAAUUAACUAGAUCAGUGCACGUUUAUUUUUUAACAGGAGAUAACCUGAUGAGUCGUUCACCUCAUGGACUGCUAAAAUGCAUAAGACGGGAACGAGGUGACCCCUUACCAGUUACAUACAUUUGGUUGAUACAAGCAAGUGGUUUGAAUUAACAGAAGAUUCAGACUCGGACGAUGACCACCAACCAAAACAUCAUGCAUAUCGUUCUGCUGAUCGGGGCUGUACUCAAACAACAAAUCUCCAUAUGACUGAUUCGACACUCAGCCAGCACACACUGGAGCAAAGUCAGCUGUGUGACUCUUUUGGUGACAAGUCCAAACAUUCAAAAGUUUGGGACCCAACUCUUAGUCAGUAUAGCUUAGGAAAGAGUCAGUUGUCAAUAUCUUCAUCAAAUCAGGACAAAAUGGAUAUCACAGAUGCUAAAAAGGUGGAUAUUGAAGGCUUGAACUUGCAGUUUCAGACCCUGCUGGCCGACGACAGUCAGGAUGAAGAUUCCACUCAGCUGUCAUCUGCUUCCGACCAGCAGCUGGGUUCCUCCAUGGAUGAUCCCUGGAAGUCAACAACGGAGGCAUCGGAAGGUGCCAGCCUGAGUGAGUACCCGCUGGAGAGCCUGAAGCUGUGUCUGGAUGACAUGGGACAAACUGCCACGGAGGAAAGCAGUGGGUGUGAGGAGGUGGUCAACACGGCCAUAUCGGAAGUGUCCAAGAACUUCAUCACAGGCAAUCUCACGUCCUUCCCGCUCCACUGUGGAGAUAGUGACUUAUCCUCUGAUGAUCAGAAGGGUCACCAGAAAUCUAUGGAGGGGAAAUACCCCGAGACUGCCCUGGGCAUGUCUGAUAGUGACUGGGUGACGGAGUCGGACACGAAUGUCAGUCCGAGGAUGGAGAAAAGCAAGACAACAGAGAGCACCUUCACCUCCAUGUCCUCGUUCUCCCCUCCCCUCUCCAGCACAGUUUUAACAAACAUGAGUGUAGCAUCGGCUGGACCGAAUCAUGGGCUGUCUGUCAUCCAGGAAGCCUCUGUUGACAACACUGCAAGCUUUAAGGAAAUGCAAAAAGAUGUGUCAUCUGUGUCGACAUCAAGAGGUAGUUUUUUAGGCAGGGAUCAUGAAACCAAAUAUCUUGACUCCAUAAGCACAAAGCAGAGUUUAUCGGCGCCAUCUUUUGAUAGUGUUAGGUACAUACAGGAUCUGACUGACCGUAAGAAUGAAAUCCUUAAAGAUGGAGGUCCUAGAAGUGGGAAUGCUGCUGGGGACAGAUAUGCAGCUGAGUUUCUUUCCAAGUCCCCUGACCGAGAACCGAGUUUUAGUGAUAAGAGUCUUUCUUCCUCAUCAGUUUCGUCCAAGUUCGUGUCUUCGAAUGUAGUACCCAGAACCGAAGAGACGUUGUCAUCUGUGGAUGGUGGCAGGUCACGGUACGACUUGUCACAGGUUGAGGCACAGAGGAUGGGGUUGUCCAAGGAUAGGCUUAGAUACAGUCUGGAUAAUCUGCCAAGCACUGUAGACCUAGCUAGGAAGUCGGAGAUAAUAUUAGACAAGACUCUAUCCAAGCUGAAUCUUGCUGGAUCAGGAGAGGGAAGACAUUCAUUCCCUCUGUCUGGUCCGAGAAGUGGGUCUGGGGAUGACUACAAGCGACAUUCCCUGGGACGGCUUGAGAGUGCACCCAGAUCUCAUUCAAGACAGGAAGAGCUAGUGAAGACUUUGUCUGGGUCGACACAGUCGUACCAGAGUGAUGACCUCACACACUCCAUCAAGUCUCUGAGCUCUGAGAGCUCCAACUCGGCCACCAGUGAUGAAGUUGCCAGGCUGAUGGCCAGAGGGGGUAGCUCUGCUGAGACAACAAUGUCAAGAGGAGACGAGCUAGAAGCAAAGGAUGGCGGUCCAGAGUCAACAAAGAGUCUUCUGGUUCAUGAAGGGAGGCGAUCCAUGGAAUCUUCUCAAGGGGAUCAGAAUAUUGAAUCUAGAGUAAGCAAAGUCUUGGCUGAAACGGCUUAUAUUAGUACCUACCCUUCUGCUGCUUAUGAAAACAGGAGUUCUAAUAAUGACGCUAAUUCCUUGCCUCUCCCUAGAGAAAAUAUCCAGACAACAUCAACUGACAAUUAUUCCCUCCCCCCACCCCCACCAGUUGAUCCACAGUUGGUCAGCUCAGAUCUGCCUCUCCCUCCUCCUCCUCCUCCCCCGACAGAAGAGGAACUGUCUGCCAGUCUGGACUACAGGAGGUUGCAUCAGGACCUUCAGGAGAUUCAGAACAGUUUGCAGAACAAUCUGGACUUUGCUGACUCUGGCAAUGAGUCUGUUCAGUCUAAUGAUGUGGAUAGGGCAAGGGAAGCUCGAACACCCGUCGGAUCGGAAACUGGGAGUGAGAUUGUUCCGAGCACGACAACCACCCCCGAGCAGAGUCGUCGUCUGCUUUGGGAUUAUGGAGCAGAUAUUGCUUGUGCGGGAAAUCAAAGUGGUCGGUUCACAUCAAGAGAGACUGAUGGCACAGAAACUGACAACUCUGAAGAUCGUCCAAUGUCGUAUGUAGAUCGAGACCAGGUUGCCCAUAAUGCUGCUAAGAGACAGAGCUAUAAUUCUGAGGGUGAGGAGACUCAUACGUCAGCCAGCAGCAACACAAAGGCUGAGGAGGCAGUCCAAGCUCAAGGCACAGACGAUGAACAGACCAGUGAGACGGGAACCCCAACCAAUCGCAGCAUUGACAACAUACUAAACUCCUUCCGUGCCCAGCGGUCUCUCAUAGAGGCCCAGUACUUGACUGGCAUGGCUGGUCAGGUGUCCCAAAUCCUGGAGGGCCAGGAUCCCCACAAACAGGCACAUGGCAUCCUUGACCAAGUCAACACCCAGGAACAAGAGCUUCUGACCAGACUUGCAAAUCGGCCUCCGCUUGAUUCUAGCUUCACAGACACAUCUGUCAAUGUCUCUAGCAGAAGCAUAGUCCUCACCGACAGUGAUGUGAGGAAGAGGCUGGAAAUGUCGGGUCUCAGCUCACCUGAUAGGAGCAGAACCUUUGGCCAUGCAUCUUUUACGGAAUUUUCGACUCCCAAAAAGAUCAACAAUCCGUUCUCAGCAUUUAGCAAUGCCAAGAGUUUUCUGUCCAAUCAGCUGCAAGAAAUGUCCAAUAAGACGUUUGACCACAGCAUAGAGCUGAGAACGCCGCUGCGUCGAGUGAUUGAGUGCUACCCACUGUAUGGGUUCAGUCAGGAUAAGGAGGACAAGUCGGCAGACUCAGCCUCGUCCAACUCCAGGACUGAGACAAGACAAGCUUUGUCUGCUGAGUCAGUGCACAGCACGGGGGGCAGGGGCAGACCAGAAGGUGUGUCACCAGAGGAGUUCCCAUCCGGCCCCGACCUGACCUCCAAUACGACCUCCUCCCACUCACUCACAGAGAGGAGGCUUGCAUCAUCUAUAGAAAGAAAUGUGUCUGAGAGGGAUAUGACUGCUGAUCGGCUGUUUCGGCCCAGAGAUGAGUUCGGUCAGAUCCCCGCCAGUGUCCAGCGAGAUAGCCCUGUGUCGUCCCCAGUGGACUCGGACCUCAGUGGUGGACAACGCAAGGACAAGCUCCGGCCGUAUAGACCUGCUGGUAGUCGGGACCUGUAUUACACGGAGAGUGACACAGGGUCACUGGCCGACAGCGUCACAACUAUGGAGAGCACUCACACAGGAUCUGAUGAUGCCACCGCGCCCUUCUUCCCUCCCCAAGUGCUGGGUACCCGGGGGGAUGCGGCCUCCCAGCCUCCCACAUCACGGAAGUAUCAGCAACCAGGCGUCCACAGGGAACUCUCUCUUUCAACAAUAGAGGAAAAAUCAGUUUCGGAUGAAAGAGACAGGAUGCCUGUGGAGAGUGGUCGUACUGUCGUGGAGAAGGUGGAAAGCCGUGAGAGCCAAAGAGGCGGGGAUGUGAGGUCAGAAAGAUCGUCAGAUCGAAUGCGAUCUCACAGUCCUAGAGACACUUUCAGUAAGACGAGUUCCCGUACUGAGCUGGAAGUCGACUCAGGAAUAGGGACAAGGAGUAACUUCACCACCACGACUGUGACGGAUACUUUGCAGAUGAAAGAGAGAAGAAAUCAGAUGGAACUGAUGGAGGACAGUAGAAGAAGGAAUGUGGACAGUGUUGGCUAUGGUUCACGUUCAGACCAGCCGGAUAAGGAUGUGACACAUCGAGCCACCCUGAAGCUGCUGGAUACGCGUGAUGGACAAGAGUCAGGGUUGGAUAGGAAAAUAGAAAGUAGGUCAAAAGGUCAAUUUGAUGAAGAGAGGCCAAGGUCAGGUGAAAAUUUGCCAAGGACAUCAUCUGGUAUCCAGAUGGAUGACAGACAAUCUGUGUUACAUCCUGAGAAUCCCCCAAGUCAUAUUACAGAAAGUAGGUCACAAGGUCAGGCUGAGGACAGGCGGUCAGGGUCGGGUAAUAAUUUUGGGGGGACAUUUUCUGGUAGUCAAAUGGAUGACAGACAUUCAGCAUUGUACUCGGAGAGCCGAUCCAGUCAAGAUUUGGAAAGUAGGUCACGGCAAAGUGGAGUCCGUGGUACAGGACAGUAUGGAAGUGGUAAUGAUGUUUAUGAUAGCCGAUCUGGGCACACAGAAGCCACCAGAUCUAGUGAUACUGUUCAAAGUAAUGGUAGUCGGGGUUCUGAGCAAUAUCCAGAAUACAGAUCAACUGUCAGAGAUGUACCUGACCAUGACCAUGAGGGUAGGUUAAGGUCAAGGUCAGAUGGUGACCUCAUUCACAGGCAGCCAGGGUCAGCAUCUGUUGUCCGAGAUGGCCAGCUUCCUGAGCCACCAGCCUCACCGAUCCACCCACAUUCUACAAUUCUACGAGACUCACAGAUGAGAACGGAUCCAAGACAUUCCACAGCCAUUGAUUCUAGCAUUGACCAGAGAAUUGGCAGUGGCAGAUUCGUAGAUGACCACAUUCAGAUGGAAGAAGAUCAAGGUCAGAGUUCACAAGGAUCAUCUCUGAGGAAUGGGAAAGACGGGCGUCUGAGGUCAUCAGAUCGGAAGGAUACCAGACAGAGGAUGGAGCAGAAUCGAAAUUCAAGACGGGGGCAGGUUGAUAUAAGUUCCUCAGAAGAUGACGGCCACCGAGCCAUUGACAGAGCCCCUGUGAGUCGCCCAGCCCAGCUACUGAGAGAGACCCUGGAACACGAGGUGGAUCCAGCUGUCCCUGUAGACAUCAAUAUCCUCUGGCAGAGGUUCCAGGAGCUCAACCAGACGGACAGUGACACAUCCCUCAACACAGCACGCAUGGAAACACUUGCCCAGCUCCUGAGGAACCCAGCAAGGCAUCUAGUGACCUCCUACUUUGAGGAUCAAGAGAAGCAGAGGAAGACCCGAGAGGAGAAGUCGGCCGAGGAGAGGGAGAAGAGGAGGAGUCAGAGGAGGAGUCAGAGGAACAUCAGCGAGUCGGAGGUAAAUGGGAGCUACACCGAGGUGAUGGAGAAGGGGAGUCCUAAGAAGAAGGCAAAGACCAGUUCAGUGAAGAAGAUGAAUAAGAAGAACGCUGGCGAACGAACACAGGAAGGGGUGGAGAGUCUGUAUUCAAUCCCCGAGGAUAUUAGCUUCGAUCAGAGACGGUACAAGAAGCUGGAUGGUCUCAUCGAUCCUAACAUGGAGAAGUUGAGGGAGAAGAUUGAGCGACAGAAGGAGAAGAUUGAGCGCGAGCAGCGGAAGGAGCUGAAGCGGAUGGAGAAGCUGGUGAAGCUGGAGCAGCUGUUGUCGGCGAAGAAGAAGGGGAGGAUAAGUGAGUCGACGUUGUUGGAUCAGCUGGAGUACAUCUCAACCACAUCAGCUCCCACGGAUACCACGGAGGAGAUCACGGAAUCAACACUGACCAUGUCCGGAGCCAAUAGCGAGAUUCUCACUGAUGACAGCACCACUGCUAAGGACAGUAGUAUUGAGAUGCAGAUGAUGAAGUUCGCUCGGAACCAGCCUGCUUCAGAAAGAUAUGAUGCAAGUUUUGGAGAAUUUCAGCCGACUGUCCAGAUGGACAUUGAUGAGAAUGGAAGGAGCAAGAAGGCAGAGAAGGUUCGGACGAAUGAGAAGCUGAAGGAACAGUCCAAAAACAGAGGCGAUAAAAAUAAGCGGAGGUCUAAGGAAAGGUCUGUUAAUGAGACUGAAUCUCUGUAUGAUUACCGGGAGGUUGAUAUUCAGAUCCAGGAACGGCCAAGACGUGUUGACUUCUCACCAGAUAGUAACAGAAGGGCAAGGUCGACGUCUAGAGGACAAACGCGGGAUGCUGCUACAAACUAUCCAUCACCUUUGCCUCGUAGUCCUGUGAGUCCUCACAGACACAAGCAGAGGAGGACAAAGUCAGAGGGCAUCCAGACCACACCCAAUCUUCAUCGGUAUGCAUCCAAGUCCAGGUCACCAUCGCCAGGCCGUAGAGUGAAGCAGACAGAGAUGAGUGUGCCCUUUGCGAUGAGAGAGAAGACAAGUCGGAGUCGAUCACCGCCAUACUCCCGCUGCUUCACGCCCGAGUCCAUGGGAAGCCAACACUCCCGGCAGAAGAAGAAGAAACUACCAGUCAGUCCAAAAGGCAUUGCUUGGUAUGUGGAGGUGAAAGACCCCCGCCCUUGGCGGCAGCCCCUGCGGGAGCGGCAGGAGUACACGGUGAAGCAGGCGUGGGUGGCCCCGGGGACCAAGUCCCAGUGGCAGACGGCUCAGCCCCGGGACAUCAUGGACGAGGAGGAAGAGGAGAACCGGGGCUACCUGGACAACCUGGUGGACAGGAUACAGCAGGAGGAUGCUCCGUCCAAGCUGAUUGAGGAGGAGUACACUUUCAAAAAGUCACAGUCUUUGCAGGAUGCCUUCGGGCAGAAGAUGCAGCACUUCAUAUCUCAGUCUCGGGAGAGGCAGAAGCGCAUGGCCUUGUCAGCAGAUCACCGCCGCAUGCAGGAAGAGCUUAGGCUGGAGAGGGAGAAGAUCUUCCCCGUUCCCCGGAAGCACGGGGCCGACACGGGUGCACAUCCAUAUAGUGAACAUUUAUAUCAGCCCAAACGACGUGUAUUCACCAGACAGGAACAAAAGGAUAACACUCAAAGAAUAUACAAGCAACUGCCAGAAGUACUAAAGAGACAAGAAGUCGAGAAGCGAGAGAACCAGUACCGACUGAACAGGCUCAAGUCAAAGGUGUUCACCAAGAAAGUGCAGAGACACGUUCUGAUGAGGGCUGGGGCAUACUAAAGCCUGUUACCCAGACAGCGCCACUGUGAUAUUGAUAUUUAUUGUUCAGGAACAGUUUUCUGUUGGUAUAUUAAUCAUGUACUGGAAAAUAGCUCAAUGAUGAAUAUAACAUGACUGAUUCCCCUGAUGAAUAGUACCUCAUUACUGACCAUUGAUCAACUUCGUGUAUAGGGACAAUGAAACUGUCAAUAGUUCUCUUUCUGAGAUCUGUAUUUAUUACCCUAAAUGGUAGGAGUAGAGGUCAUAGGAACAAAGCUUGAUCACACAUGAAAUUAUACAGUCAGCGUUUCUUAGUGUAUCUACGAAUUGUAUAUAGAUCAUAUUCAUAUAUUGAUUGAUCAAGUGGUUAGAUAAACUUGAGUGCUAUAUUUAUGUUUUCCAGCAUUAGUGGCUACAGUGAAACCUUGUUAGUCUGGAAACCCUGCAUUCUGGACGAUUCUGUGGGAAUAUCAGCAUGAAUAAAAGGGAAUUUACGCUCUAGGAAUGAUUUGUUAAUCUGGAUAUUUGUUAUUCUGGACAAAUACUGUGGGAGCAGUUCUGUUCGUAUUAACAGGGUUUCACUGUAUAUCAUGGUAUAUCUGUACCACUCAAAAGAAGUUAAAGAACACCUGAUUUGUUCAUUGACUAAAGUUAAACUGUCAUGGCUGGUUGGAAUUGCAGCACACAGGCUUCCAAUUGUGGGUGUUCCUUAACUUGUUCUGAGUGGUAUAGAUAAUGAGAAAUGUCAUUCAGUGUCUUCCGUCCAUUCCGUAUUGAAACAAAAGUAGUGUUUUAAGAAUAUUACUACAAUGCAUUUUCAGUCAUGUAGUUUGGAAUCUAAGUGUACAAUACAACACAGGUCUUAUUCAA